AUGGUCUCCCCGGGCUUUGCCUUCGUCCCCGUGGACAGUUCUGGCAAGACCCAGGCUAUAGAUCGAAAGACCAUCCGCAGUCAUUGCAUGCGCGGGAAGAAUAGGCGGAUAGGGGUGCCGCGUCGAUCUACUACGCGUCCGACAAGGACAUAUCACAGCCUGAGGCCUGUUUUACUCGAUAAUCCAUCAUCAACGAUCACCAUACCUUGUGCAUACCAGGAGGCCGAAGACGAGGAUGAUGUUUUUGUAAAGACCAGGUCAGAGAGCAUCGCCUCAUUUUGCGCUCCAUCAAACAUAGCACAGGUCAAACUUGCAAUUGAUAUGGAUGAUACGACCAAGGAACUUGUCAUUGACUCCUUCCUGCACUUCAACCAGGCCAUGUACCCAGCCGAGCUCUUCAAAGGCUUCAAUGUCGACCAAAGCGAAUGGGGCCACUGGCUAUUCCACGACCCUGCGUAUCUACAGUGCGCCUUCUUCAUGGCGUUCACCACGCGCGACAUCACAGAGAACAGACCGAUAACGCCAGCUACCUACUCACACCUCAGAGAGGCUAUUAUACAUUUAAAUAAGCGACUAUCAAGCUCUGACAAUGACAUCGCCCUUGGCAACUCCACCAUCGCUACGGUGAUUAUACUAACCAUGUUCUCUUGCAUCAUCAACGACCACGAAGCUGCGAAGACACAUAUUGCUGGGCUGCAGCAGAUGGUCCGUCUACGUGGUGGACUUCAGAGUCUUGCUCUAAACCCAAAAUUGUAUCUGAAACUUGGACGGGUCGACCUCAUCUACUCCCUGAACACAGGAUCCCAAGGGCUUCUAUGCACAUAUCCGCUCUAUUGCAACCCAGUCUUUUACAGAAAUAACAGCCUACCCACAUUAGAUACCGACCUUUCAGUAUAUGGUCUUAGCGACCCACAACUUAUCCCUAUCUUCCUCGAAAUGCGGCACUACUCGUCCCUGAUCAACGCCGCGCACACCACGCGCCAACGACGCUCUACAGAUGAGUAUCACACCGCGGUGUGUUCAUUUCAGUACCGACUCCUCCAAUUAAAUUGCUGCCUGGAGGAUACCUUAUCUGAGUGUCUGCGACUCACGCUGCUUGCGUUCCUCAUUACGACCUUUCAGACUCCUGGGAUACGUGCCAAGUAUCCGUACUUGGCGGACUGUUUACGGGGGAGCUGUCUUGCUGUUCCAGUACCGCAGGGGCACGGGUUUAGGGAGCUGAUGAGAUGGAUUCUGAUUGUGGGGGCGGUCUCUGUGUUUGACGUCAAGGAUGAAUGGGAGUGGAUGGAGCAGAGAUGGAGGGAUGCUGUCGAAGAAAAUAUGAGCUGGGAGGAGAUGAGGGCAGGGCUGAAGGAUAUUAUGUGGAUUGAUCCGUUGCAGGAUAAACUAGGGAGGGCUGCAUUUCAGGAGUUGAAUAGGUGUCAGCAGGUAUAA